GCGUUUGGUACCAUUUCCGGCGCCGGCUUCUGCUUUUGGGCGCAGGGGCGGACAGAGCCAGAACAGAAGGCCACACACUGUGGGGUCCCGCUGCCCGGGGGCGACUCGGCUCGCUGCUCUGUUCCCUCCCUUUCUUCCCACAGAAGCCGGGACCGCCCAUGGCGGGCUUGGAGGUGCUCUUCGCGUCGGCCAUGCCGGCCAUCAGCUGCCCGCAGGACGCGCUCGUCUGCUUCCUGCACUGGGAAGUGGUGACAAACGGCUACUAUGGCUUGGGCGUCGGCGACCAGCCAGGUCCCAGUGAUAAGAAGUCAGAACUGCUGCCACCCACAUGGAACAGCAAUAAAGAUCUGUAUGUCCUCCGGUAUGAGUCUAAGGAUGGGGCCAGAAAACUCCUCUUGAAAGCUGUCACUGUGGAGAACAGCAUGAUCAUCAAUGUACUGGAAUAUGGCACACAGCAAGUGGCAGACUUGACUCUGAACUUAAAUGAUUAUAUUGGUGCAGAAGACCUGAGUGAUUUCCACAGGACCUACAGGAACAGUGAGGAGCUUCGGUCUCUGAUCAGAUCUGGAAUUAUCACACCUAUCCAUGAGCAGUGGGAGAAGGCUCGUGUAAGCAGUCCUCAUCGGGAGUUCCCACCUGCCACUGCCAGUGAGGUGGACCCACUCCGUAUUCCCCCACAUCAUCCUCACACCAGCCGGCAGCCUCCUUGGCAUGAUCCCCUGGGCCCGUUUGCUGUCGGGGGAGAAGACCUAGACCCCUUUGGGUGUCAGAGAGGUGGCAUGAUUGUGGAUCCCCUAAGAUCUGGCUUUCCAAGAGCACUUAUUGACCCAUCCUCGGGCCUCCCAAACCGGCUUCCUCCCGGUGCUGUGCCCCCAGGAGCUCGCUUUGACCCCUUUGGACCCAUUGGGACCAGCCCAUCUGGACCUAACCCAGACCAUCUCCCCCCACCGGGCUAUGACGACAUGUACCUUUGAAGGCCUCAAGAAUGUAACAUCCCAGCCUCCCCUCCAUUCUUCAGGAGCUGUCACUGCUGGCCCCAUCAGCAUCCGUGUUCUUGUGGGCUCAGGGCAGGGGGGACUCUGCCCAUGUGUUUGCAGAGCCGAGGUACCUGCUGUAGCUCUCCACCCAGCUGCAUAUAAGUACCAAGGAGAAAUCAGUGUGUGCCUAUCACCACUAGCUCCUCCCCACUUCCAAGGGAGACUCCGGCAACAUACACCCUCCACCCAAUGCAGUCCCAGUCACAGCGCUAAAAGAACAGAACACAUUUUGGAUGUUAUUAUUAAGAACCAAAUGUCAAUACAGAAUUCAUGUUGCCAGUCU